AAUAUCUUCUGCCUUAACUCCUGCUUUGUUACUGCUUGCUGGGAUCCUCUGCCCUGUGUUGAAGAGGCACUGGAAUAAAGCUAGGAAAGGGGCUUAAGCUUGUAAAAAGAAAACGCUGAAAGCAGACCAGGCCCUUGUUCUUUUUAUAUGAGAACAGGAAGUCAGAUCACAAAGCUAAGAGGGAAAUUGAGAAAAAGGGGGAAGGGAAGAGAGCAUUUACAUGUCAGCUACUGUCAGCCUAACUACGGAGGAGCUCAGUGAUGGUUACUGCCUCUGAAGGAUCAGGCGUGUAUUUUCCUGAAUUUGAAACUAUGGAGGCCUGGGAUCAGUGUUGGGUUGUAAAUGACACCGUGGUCAGUUUCGUGGCUUUCCCAGCAUUCAAAUGAGAUGGAAAGGCAACCUGCCCAAGCAUGCAGCAGUGCCCCUGAGUCAGCGCUGGAGCUGCAGCAGCACUGUCCCAGCCUCUCAAAUCACACUCAGGUCAUGAUGGUGCCACUGGGGCACCUAGCCAAAGGGGCCACUUUGGAAGACCUUCUUGAAACCUGCAUUCAGUCUUUUGAUUUAGAAGGAAAUGCAUGUCAAAACAACCAGCUGCUAAAAAUAAUUCUGGCCAUGCAUCAGUUUUUCAUCUCCUCUGCAGACAUGCUUCAGAAACUCGUUGAUCUCUAUCUUAAUGCUUUAGAAAAUAACUCUUCCAUGCUGUGUGUGAAGAUAUGCUAUUUUGUGAGGUAUUGGAUUACAGAAUUCUGGAUUAUGUUCAAAAUGGACUCUAAACUAUCCACAGCUAUGGAGGAAUUUCAAGAGGUGGUUCGAGCUAAUGGUGAGGAGUUACAUUGUCGUCUAAUUGACACAUCUCAAAUAAAUUCUAGGGAUUGGUCUAGGAAGCUGACACAGCGUGUAAAGGCCAACACCAGUAAGAAACGGAAAGUCUCACUUCUUUUUGAUCACCUUGAGCCAGAGGAGCUGUCAGACCAUCUUACCUAUCUCGAGUUUAAGUCUUUCAGGAGAAUAUCAUUCUCAGAUUAUCAGAACUACAUUGUGAAUAGUUGUGUGAAAGAGAAUCCAACAAUGGAAAGAUCAAUUUCUCUUUGCAAUGGUAUCUCUCAGUGGGUGCAGCUAAUGGUUCUCAGCAGACCAACCCCGCAGCUUCGGGCUGAAGUGUUCAUCAAGUUUAUUCAUGUUGCACAGAAGCUCCACCAGCUGCAGAAUUUCAACACAUUAAUGGCCGUGAUAGGAGGUCUCUGUCACAGCUCCAUUUCCAGGCUCAAGGAAACAAGCUCAUGUGUUCCUCAUGAUGUAAUUAAGGUGUUUAAUGAAAUGACAGAAUUGCUUUCGUCUUACAGAAAUUAUGAUAGUUACCGACGUGCCUAUAAUGAGUGCAGUAACUUUAAGAUCCCAAUCCUUGGGGUCCACCUGAAAGACUUGAUAUCCCUGUAUGAGGGCAUGCCAGACUACUUGGAGGACAAAAAAAUUAAUGUAUACAAACUAUAUUCUCUGUAUAACCACAUAGAUGAGCUGAUACAACUCCAGGAAAUGCCACUCCCCCUGGAGGCUAAUAUGGACCUUGUUCACUUGCUUACACUGUCCCUCGAUCUUUACUACACAGAAGAUGAAAUUUAUGAACUUUCGUAUGCACGAGAGCCACGAAGUCACCGAGCUGCGCCUAUGACACCUUCCAAACCACCAGUAGUUGCAGACUGGGCCUCGGGAGUGGCCCCAAAACCUGAUCCAAAAACCAUCAGCAAACAUGUUCAGAGGAUGGUAGAUUCUGUCUUCAAAAAUUAUGACCAUGAUCAGGACGGAUACAUUUCCCAGGAAGAAUUUGAAAAGAUUGCUGCCAGUUUCCCAUUCUCAUUUUGUGUAAUGGCUAAGGACUGGGAAGGUCUGAUUAGCAGGGAUGAAAUAACUGCUUACUUUAUGAGGGCUAGCUCAAUCUAUUCCAAAUUAGGACUCGGCUUUGCUCACAACUUCCAAGAGACCACUUACCUAAGGCCCACUUUCUGUGACAACUGCGCUGGAUUUGCUUUCUGUUUGUUUGAAUUUCAGCUAUGGGGAGUCAUUAAACAAGGAUACAGAUGCAAAGACUGUGGAAUGAACUGUCACAAGCAAUGCAAAGACCUGGUUGUGAUAGAGUGCAAGAGAAGACCCAAAACCUCAGUUGCAGACAGCAGCCCAACAUCUGCUCUUGCUUCAAGCCUCUGCCCAGUAGGAGUCAAAGAACAAUUCCACGGACAAGAAGAAGGGUCAUUCACCUUUCCUAAUGGAGAAGUAGUAGAGCACAGUGAAGACAGCAAGGAUCGAACCAUUAUGCUCAUGGGUUCCUCAGCUCAGAAAAUCUCAGUGAGACUGAAACCAGCUGUGAUUCAUAAAAGUACACAGACUGAUCCUGUACUGCUGGCUGGUGAUGUAUCUCGUAAGCGGAGAGAGAAGAAAGAACACAGGAUGCCAGAAAAUCCGUAUCUGCAGGCAGCUCCAGCACCCACAUUUCCAAGCCCAAUUCUAGGCCGCAGAAAGGCAUUUGUUAAAUGGGAAAACAAGGAUUCCAGCCACAAAAUGAAGGAGGAGCAUCACAGCUGUAAACCCUCAUACCAGGAACUUGAGCAGGAAAGAAAUAUUCUAAAGGCAGACAAUGAAGGUUUAAAGAUCCAGCUGGAACAGGCACAUAAAACAAUCGAAUCUCUCACAAUCCAGAAAAGAAACCAUGUAGUUGACAGUCUACAACACAGAGACUGCUCCUAGCAGAUGAGAGGAACAUCUCCUAUGGAAUGGAAGAAUAUAAGACUGAAAGAGGGGCUGUGAUAAAGCUGCUUACCAAGUGAACUGGAGAGAGAAUCUGAAGGAUGUUAAGCAGACAUGCUCUCUUUACUCAACACAUUUCCCUUUUAAUCAUGCACUCCCAAAUGUAUAAAAUCAUUCCUUUGACCUUGUAGGGUAAUUUAGCAUUAUCUGUGCAAUGAAAGUAUCUUCUGGGUUUGCUUUUAAAAGGAGUGAGAGUGUGGCUGAAGUCUCCGUUCAUGUUGAAAACCAUAUUGAUUUCCCUGUGACUUACUUGGCUGCCAGCAGCACACCUUACUGUACAAAUGUUCUGACAAAGUAGCUAUUCGUAAGACUGUGUCACCUCACAUUUGGCCCAAACUCAGUUUUGUAGAAACAGAUGUUUGAUAAAGCUGAGUAAGUAGAACUGUAGAAGUACUAUUAAGAAAAUAUAUUAAGAAAAAAAAAACCAAAUCCUUCUUGGAGCUGAAACCAAUUAAAAAUAUGAAGUGAAUGGUCACAUUUAAUUAAAAAAAUUAACAAGAACGUUAAAAUAAGUAGCUAAGCUAAUGAUAUUUGAUUGAUCCUUACACUUUAAGAUAAACUGACAUUUUUUUUAAACAUGUUUCAGAGCUUUAGAAGUUCUGCUGCUCCAACACCUUUAUCAAGGUAACAGAGGUAACAUAGAGACUUGACAUUGAAUACUGCUUCCAUUUUUGUGUUCUAUGCCAUGACUUGGAACAUUUAAUUCCACUUAUUUGGCUUAAAGGGUAACUUUUUGUCCCCAUACAGUAGAUAAGGGACAAGGUUGAUUAUAUUUGUCUCACAUCAAAGUAGAUGCCAUUGUUGAGCAGAGCCAUGUUAUGAGGGACACUGUACAGCAAUCCCUGUGCUAUAGCUACUGAAUUUCAGAGCUCCUCACAAGAUUUCUCCAUUUUCUCUCUCCUAGAUUUCACAUGCACUUUACAUAAAGAGUCAAGGUGAGUGUGUUUCUAUGUCUGUAAAUUUUGUACAGUAAAAGAUGUGAGAGAAGUAACUUAAAGAUACAAAGUGUACAUACUGUUAAGAGAAAAUAAAAGUCUUUCAAGUUACUGAUAAAUCUACUUGUCAAAAUAGCCAAUUUGAAAAUUGCAUUUGCAUUCCAAGAGAAUCUGUACACUUAGAGUUGUAUAAAACUUCCUUGUAUUUAUCAGGUAUUUCUCAUCACACAUACAAACAUCAGAAACAAAGUUCACUUAAUGCUCAACACUUCUAAGUUACUAGGUCCAUUACAGACUGAAAUUUAGUCAAUGACAAUAGCAUUUGUGCUUUGUGUUCAAAGUGUAUAUAAAUAUACAUUCCAUCCACAAUUUACAGUCAUUAUCAAGUAUACGAAUGCUUUAUUUAUAAAGUUAAUUUAAAACUAUUUGCCAGUUUAGUGAGUCAAAAUUCUUGUUUUGAAAUUGGAUUGUGCUUGCAACUUCACAUAUAAGUAAAAAUAAAUGGAGGAAAACAGUAGAAGUAGUAGUAGAUUUUCUGUAACAUUACUGUAAAUAACUGAAAUGCAUAGGAAAACAGCUCUGAAGACUGUGCAGCUUUUUUAACUCAUACACUAAACCUGAAUUAUUAACAAGUAACAUGGAAUUGCACUUUGAUCAGUGAAGCAAUCAGAAUGGCUGUCUUGUCAUAUCUGCAAACUUGGUUCACCCAUUUUCUGUGAGCUUCUUGAUUCUGUCCUCUAUUCAGGGAACUACAGCAAGGUGUAUCUCUAAUAGGCAUUUAGCAAAUAAAAGUCUGUUUCUACAACUAUUAAACAAGAUAAAAGUUGAAUAUAUUUUCACUUAUUCAAAAAAUACCCCAGAGGAGCAGCUAAGACUCAUAAAUCUUGUACAGCCAAGGUAACUGCUCACUGGUGGUCUAAACUCUGGAAUUGAAUAGAAUUUGUGUGUAUACAUAUACCAUGAUGGAGUGUGAUCAUGAACAAAACCUCUUAGUUAAAAGGAAAAUUCCCUAACAUCAGCACCUGGCCCAAAGGCUACUGUAUAAAUAGGUAACUAAUACUCCAAAGGGAGUUAUGACCACAGAAUUGUACAGUCCUAAGUGCUAACUUAAUGUUUUUCUGUGAAAUUUGGUCGUUCAGUCUGAAAGAUUUAGAAGGGCUCUGUGUCUUACAGCACAAGUGUGCAGUGCUUCAAGUGUGCUGAAAACUUCCUGCUUCAAAGAAGUCAGUUGAUACCUGGAUAACUUCAGAGCUCUCUAAGUACUUUCAGGUUCUCUGUUUGCCCAAAGCCCCGAACAGUUAUUUCCUCUCUACCCUCCAUCCCUUUCCCUUCCCCUUCCCCUCCCUGUGCUGUUAGUCCAUUCUUUUCUUUCGGGACUUUUCUUUUUCCUGCAUGAAAGACUUAACAGCGUAACCUUAACAAGGAAACUGUUAAAACUGACAAUGCUACCCAGAAUCACUUGCCUCUCUGUUAAUCUUUAAGCUGCCUUAUGUUAGGAAAAAAAAGACACAAUUAAAAGUGCUGUUUAGAAGUCAUGUUAUCAAACAGUGAUACUGGAAUUUAUCCUGUCAUCUAAGUUAAAUGGCUAAGUUAAAUGGAAAUACCUCUUCCUUCUCUAGGUCUAGCUGUACUUACAAGAAGGCAGAAUGAACAAGCACCAUUCCCUGUUUAUUUUUUAAGCGUGAAUUCUGAUUGUUUAAAGAUAAAAGUAAAUAGAUGGAAUAAUAUCAUUAACAAGGCAGGGCUAUUCUUCAUAUUCAGGUUAAAUACAAUUGCUUUAAUGUUAGCUUGUGUAUGUUUUGGAAAUAUGUUUUUGUUCUAGCAGCAUCUAUUAUUUUGCUGUGACAGAUCUCUAUGGCAAUUUGAAAAAGCUUAAUGCUGUCUGAGAAGAUUGAAAAAGUGUACAGAUUGUAAAGAUUUUAUAUAAAUUGUAAGAUUUUGGUUUAAUAUUUAUAAUAGAAAAAAUAUUAAAAUUGCA